AUGCAUGGAGCCCCCAUAGUCUUCCCGAAAAAGCAAGUAGAUUUCGACGGUGCCACAUUUUCGGGUUCUAUGGUCGUCAGUUCAUCUAGCGGCCGAACGCUUCUGCCAAUAGUGCCGAUACUCUUGAAAGCAAACGGAAAGGAAGUUUAUACUUUCGCUCUUCUUGAUUCCGGAAGUGAGAUUUCGGUUUUAAGGCGUCGUACGGCAAAUAAAUUAGGCAUUAAAGGGAGAACUGAAAAGAUGGUGACAAAGACGGUGAAGGGAGAAGGUGAAGCUGUUAACACCGAAGUCGUCUGCUUCAACAUCUCUUCGCUCGACCGAAUUUUCAACUUCAACGUCGUGGAUGCGCACAUCAUGGAUUCAUUCGAAUUGACGAAGCGACCAUUCGACCUGGCCCAGCUCGCAAAAACAUGGCCACAUCUCGCCCAUGUACCCGUCCAUUCUGUCGAAACCGAAGAUGUCGCAGUACUCGUCGGUCAAGACCAUCCCUCAGCUCUCGAGAUAUUUGAAACUCGGAAGGAUCCACUUCAGCAACGAGCCCCUUGUGCCCAUCUGACUGCCUUCAGCUGGUGGCCGACGCACCCAUCGACUUCUCGUGAAAUCAGCUGCUUCCACGUCAGCUCCCACGAAGAGGAAAUGUCGUCCAUGGUCCGCCAGUUUAUCGAAACAGACACUUUCGGAACUAAGCUGAAUGUUGUGCUACCAAUCAGUCAAGACGAAAAGAGGGCCUGGAAGAUUCAAAGGGAAACAACAAGACACAUCGGUGAACGAUAUGAAUGCGGCCUACUAUGGAAGACCGACUACCCCAAUCUUCACAACAACUUUUUUGCAGCCCACAGGCGAUUUCUGAGUCUCGAAAGGAAGUUCGUCAAGGAUCCUAGUUUGGCAGAUACCUACCGCAACGUCAUAGAAACUUACGUGUCGUCAAAACAUGCACGAAAGCUGUCGCAAGCUGAAACUGACGACAGUCCAAUCGGUCGAACGUGGUACAACGCCCACCAUCCAGUCUUCAAUCCGAACAAGCCCGGAAAAUGUCGAGUGGUUUUCGAUUUACGUGCGAAGAGCCAAGGCGUCUGCCUUACCGAUUAUUUGUUGAAAGGACCUGACUUCCUAACAAGCCUUAUCGGUGUGCUUCUACGUUUUCGCCAAUUCGCCGUACCAGUCGUCGCAGAUGUCGAAAAAAUGUUCCACCAGGUACGGGUCCGCCCAUCAGACGGGCCGGCCUUUCGGUUCAUAUGGCGCACGCCUGGUUGUAGAGACCCACCGGACGUGUACCAAAUGGACGUCCACUUAUUCGGAGCCGCCUCGUCACCUGCCGUCUGUUCUAAUGCAUUGCGGCAAGCAGUUCGAGACGGUGAAAACGCUGACGACCUCAUGACUCAAGUUACUCGUCAUUUCUAUGUCGACAAUUGGUUGGUGUCCUUCCGCUCCGUACCUGAAGCUUUGUCCAUGUCACAUCGUCUAACCAAGGUGUUGAAGGCUGGAGGGUUCCCUUUAACCCAAUGGGCGACGUCAAACGCUUCUGUCCGAUCUGGCCUCCCCGGCAUGCAGCAAAAGGAAGUCACCCUGGAUAUGGAUCUCGAUGCGUCACCCAUUGAACGCACGCUUGGCUUAAAAUGGAAUUUCGACCUCGACGCCUUUGUGUUGAAGGCUUCUGUAUCAUUGGAUGGGAAAACGAAACGGUCCCUCUUGAAGGCGGUGUCGAGUAUUUUCGACCCACUCGGAUUUCUUUCACCGAUCGUGUUCUUGGCAAAACACCUCCUGCAAGAUGUUUGGCGGCGAAAACUCGACUGGGACGACGAGCUGGAUAUCGACCUAUUAGAUCGCUGGAAGCGUUGGGCCAGCACCCUGCCAUCAUUAGACGGACUCGUACUAAAACGAUGUGUUUCUCCUGACAGACCAGACGCAGCAUCAAACGAGCUCCACAUUUUCGCGGAUGCCUCCGAAAAGGGAUUCGGAGCCGUCGCCUACGCUCGAUUCGUUUACCCUGACGGAAACGCGGACGUUGCCUUCCUCAUUUCGAAGUCGAGGAUUGCUCCGCUCAAGUUUCUCACAAUUCCUAGGUUGAAGCUAUCCGCUGCCGUCUUAGCUGUUCGACUUAGCAGCCUUCUCUUAAACGAGCUUGACAUUCAAUUCGACCAAACGCUUUAUUGGUCGGAUUCGACAACGGUGCUCAGCUGGAUCAAAUCUACGUCCUGUCAUUUCAACGUAUACGUUGGAAAUCGAGUCGGGGAGAUCCUCGAACUUUCAACAGCUGAUCAGUGGAAAUACGUACCAAGCGGCCUAAAUCCAGCAGAUGAUGCUAGCCGUGGGCUACACGCCGAAGAUCUCACGGCCCAACACCGGUGGUUUGCUGGUCCAGCCUAUCUAAGAACCUCAGCCAACUGGCCUAGGCAUCCGUUCCUUCCACCUAUCGACCCUGACGAUCCUGAAAUUCGUUCAGCCUCUUGGAUUGGCUUGGUACGUCGCGAAGAAGAUGGCGUCGACUUAUUAAUCACCAAUAUCUCCAGAAUCCACAUUAUAGUUCGCACCUUAGCCUACGUACGACGGUGGAUAGGAAACACGCGAAGUUCCCAGUAUAAUCGUUUAACCGGUGAACUUAUGGCCAACGAGAUCCUUCAGGCUAGAGAGUUCUUGUUUCGACGAGCUCAAGGAAAUGCGUAUCAGCAAGAAAUUGUAGACCUGGGAGAAGGCAAUCGACUAUCACCAGCAUCGUCGCUGCUAAAGCUGUCGCCGUACCUCGACCACCGUGGACUUCUUUGUGUCGGUGGUUGCAUCGACAAGGCACCACUUCCAACCGGAACUCGUCACCCAAUUAUUCUUCCGCCAAAAGAGCGCCUGACGGAACUCAUUUUGUUCGAUCUUCAUCGUGACCGAGCUCAUCUGUCAGCCGAGCAGCUCCAUCAUGAAGCUCGGAAACAAUUUUGGAUCCCAAAAGGACGGAUAACUGCUCAACGUGUCUGGAAUCUCUGUUACACCAGUCGGAAAUAUAAAGCAAAAGGUUCGACACCUAAAAUGGCCGACUUGCCCACCGCACGAUUAAGCCCAGGCCUACCCGCCUUCACACACACAGGAGUCGAUUAUUGGGGCCCGAUGGAAGUGACUAUUUUUCGGAGAACAGUGAAACGCUGGGGAUGUUUAUUUACCUGCUUAUCAUCACGUAGUGUCCAUCUCGAAAUGGCCUACUCGCUCGAUACUAGCUCCUUUAUCGCCGCACUCGACCGCUUCCAGAACCGUCGAGGUGUUCCCGCAUCGUACCGUAGCGAUAACGGUAGAAAUUUCGUCGGCACUCAGCGAGAAUUAGCCGCCUGCAUUGAGAAUCUGAAUCAGUCGGCCAUUCUCAGGCACUUGAGUCGUCAACCUACAUCGUGGUACUUCAACCCGCCAGCCUCUCCGCAUUUCGGUGGAGUGUGGGAGCGAAUGGUGCGGGCCGCGAAGCAAGCACUUCAAUUCGUACUGGGCAAUCAACGCCUGUCGGACGAAAUUCUCCUUACUGCACUUACGCACGUCGAAAACGUCCUUAAUAGUCGUAAGCUGAUUCCACCCAGCGAAGACCCGACUGAUCCGGAAAGCCUGACACCACAUCAUCUCCUGUUAGGACGGGCCAAUCCCAACCAUCCCCCAGACGUUUUCACUGGUCGAGACCUUUCCUCUAAAAAACGCUGGCGUAUCGCUCAAGCCGUCGCCGACCAGUUCUGGCAACGCUGGUACGAGAACCAACCCAACCUGGAAGUGGGCGACAUUGUCGUCCUCAUCGACCCAGUCAACCCUCGUGGCUCUUGGCCCAUCGGAAAAAUCACCAAGGUUUUUGCUGGACCUGACAAGGUUGUUCGUUCGGCUAUGGUCCAAACAAAUGGUACCGACCUACACCGCCCGGCGCACAAACUUUGUCUUCUAGAGUCCGUAGAUAUACGUCAAGAUGUGCCCAGCUCAGCUGGACACAGGGCCGGCGAUGUUGGGAAGUUUGAACUUUCCCAGCAAGCGACACCAAAGCCCCCUCAACCAAGUGAUGUCACACUCGUCGAUCCAGACAGCGAGUGA